AUGAUUAGUGCUUUUUUUAUCUACAAUCAGAAAGGUGAAGUUCUCAUCUCGCGCUUAUAUCGUCAAGAUUUAAAACGUUCUGUAGCGGAUAUUUUUCGAAUACAAGUAAUUUCCAACACAGAUGUACGAUCUCCUAUUAUUACUCUUGGAUCUACUUCAUUUUUUCACGUUCGUCACGAAAAUCUUUAUAUUGUUGCAGUUACGAAAUGCAACGCCAACGCCGCAUUAGUUUUUGAGUUUUGUUAUCGACUUAUAAACAUUGGAAAAGCAUAUUUUGGAAAGUUGGACGAAGAAGCUGUAAAAAAUAAUUUUGUGUUGGUGUAUGAGUUGCUAGAUGAGAUCCUUGAUUUCGGAUAUCCACAGAAUAGCGAAACUGAAACUCUAAAAUUAUACAUUACCACUGAAGGAGUGAAAUCUGAACGUGCAUUAAAAGAGGAUUCUUCAAAGAUUACAAUUCAAGCAACGGGGGCAACUUCAUGGCGUAGAUCAGACAUAAAAUAUCGAAAAAAUGAGGCAUUCAUAGAUGUUAUUGAAUCAAUUAAUUUAUUGAUGAGCACCACAGGUACAAUAUUAAGAGCUGAUGUAUCGGGACGAAUAAUGAUGAGAGCAUACCUUUCUGGAACACCAGAAUGUAAAUUUGGAUUGAAUGACAAGUUAUUACUGGAAAAAGAUGCUUCACAUAAGGGAGGUUCAAGGAAAACAACUAAUACUGUUGAGAUUGAUGAUUGUCAAUUUCAUCAAUGUGUCAAAUUGGGAAAAUUUGAUUCUGAUAGAACUAUUAGUUUUGUACCUCCAGAUGGUGAAUUUGAAUUGAUGAGGUAUCGCACAACUGAAAAUGUCAAUCUUCCUUUUCGUGUACAUCCAGUGGUCAAUGAAAUAGGAAAAUCACGUGUAGAAUACCGGAUUUCAGUGAAAGCAAAUUUUUCACAAAAAUUAUAUGCAAACAAUGUCUUAAUAAGAAUUCCUACACCUCUUAAUACUGCCAAUAUUAAUUUACGUGCUGCUGCAGGAAAGGCAAAAUAUGUACCAGCUGAAAAUUCUAUUGUAUGGAAAAUAAAUCGAUUUCAAGGACAAUCAGAGGUAACAUUAUCAGGUGAAGCUGAACUGUCAGCGAUGACUAUCAAAAAAGCAUGGUCAAGGCCACCAAUUUCAAUGGAUUUUCAAGUAUUAAUGUUUACAUCUUCAGGAUUGUUGCCGGAAGUUAUCAAGUUAGGAGUAUUUAAUCGUCCGACUAGCGACAUUUGUCUUGAUUCUGCCGUCCCGUUAAGAAAACAUAAAGAGCGGUCGCCAUUAUACCGAAAGAAAUUUGACGGAUUUACACUUCGUUCCGCAAUUCCAAGUUCCGAUAAAACAUGGGAGAAUUGGGCUGGAACUAUCCAUUUGGCGCCUGAAGCAAUUUUCAAGCCAACCACGCUCACCGACCUCCAAGACAUCGUGAACUUGGCAAGAACGAAUGGGAAAACGAUUCGGUGUGCCGCUGAGGGGCAUACCUUAAGUUCGUUGUCAGUAACAAAGAAAUAUUUGGUGAUAAUUAAUAAUUUAAAAAAAGUUCAAGUUCUGCAGGACGAACAUUAUGGUUGGGUCGUUAUUGCGGAAGCUGGCACUCCAAUUAGAGAAAUCGAUUAUGUCCUACGAACCAACAACCCGCCAUUGACUCUUCCAUCGGCAAUUGAACCGGACCACGUUAGAGCUGCUGGAGUUGUUGCAACUGGAUCACAUGGCGCAAAAACCGCAUUAAGCACCAUGUCUGAUCAAGUUGUUUCAAUGAAAAUCGUCGCCGCCGAUGGCAAAGUGUACGAAUUCUGCGACACAACGAAUGCUUUGGAAAUGCAGGCCGCCAAACUUAACUUGGGUUUAUUCGGUAUCAUUUAUUCUGUGACCUUCCGCACGGAGCCAAUGUUUAAUCUUCAUAUGAUAGAUACUCUUCCGUUAGCCAAAGAUUUCCUUGUUCCAUCUGUCGUCAAGCAGUUGUUUGAAUCUUCGGAUAGUCUUCAAAUCUUUUAUUGGCCAUUCAAUUCAUAUGAUCCAAGUGCAUCGCAACCACUUGAUCCGACCAAGGAUCAAUUGUGGGUAAACCAAUUUGUGCGAACUGAUGAAAAACCAACUUUAUCACCAGAAGAAUUUGCUGCCUUACGUGUUUUUCAAAACGAGACUUCUUUUUUAGUGAACUAUCAAUAUCAGGUCAUGCUUGAAAAACCAGAAUAUACUCCGGCCAUUACUUCAACGAUCUGGCAUGAGGGACCUGGAAUAGCACCGGUCAGCCUCGUACUUCAGGCUCCAGACGCGAUCCACUUUUUGUCCUCCUAUUCUAAAAAUAUCCCGGGGAAUUUUGCUGCGUUUCUAUUCAAAGUUGAUCCGGAUUUUAACGAUUUCGUUAAGGAAUUUCAGGCUAUCAUCAAUGCGACUUACGCGGCAGCAGCACAAAAUUCUUUCCCAUUUAAUAUAAUUGCAAGUGCACGAUUCAUAAGAUCGUCGCAUGCUUUACUUGCACCUACCUUCGACCCAGAUCCAAAUGCUGAUCCAAAUGCUAUAUAUUGCUCCAUUGACAUAAGCACUUACCAUUUUACACCUGGUUUUCAAACUUUCGUUUCAUCGCUUGGACAGAAAUGGAUCCAAGAUUACAACGCGAAACCCCAUUGGGCCAAAGAAUGGGAAUACGUGCCUAAUAUAAAAUCGUAUCUUUCCCAAGCUUACAAAACGCAAAUUAAUACCUUUGAGAAAAUACGUGAAAAAUAUGAUCCGAACAAGCUGUUCUUCGAUAAUGAGUCAUUGCAAAAAAUUUUCGAUGGUGCUCUCCACUAA